AUGACAUCGGAAGGCGACGCGUCCAGUGCGGAGGAUAGGGUCGCUUUGAGAUCCGCUCCGGUAUCCUCAUCGGCUUCCUCCCGACCAAAGACCAAACCUACCGCUUAUAUCGAUGACCUUAUUGCUGAAAACCAACGAUUGAAGAGCAACAGCGGCAUUGGAAGUCAAUCUCGAGCAGCCAACCUGCUCCCAGAUCUCGCAGUCGUUGCCCCGGUAAAAGAGACAACAGAUACUAAUGCAACUGCCAUCCCAGCGCCAUCGCUUGAUGAACGACCAUGGUUCUUCGACAUGAAUAUUCCACACACGCCGAUUCUCAUCGGUGAGGCCUCGGACGCCGCAUUCGCUACCCGCUUCCGCCAAGCAAUCUCAUCAGCUGAGAGUAGUCACAUCCCGCGGGUGAACUAUGCCACAGAUGAGAGGCUGCUCGCUCUAUCUGAUACAGACUGCCCUUGGCCUAGUCCGGCAAGAGCACGUUUUCUCGUCGGGGUUGCCCUGAGAUAUGUCAGCCGUUGCUACCACAUCAUUCGCAAGAGCUCGAUUCUGGAUGCCUUGGAACAGACCCUCCAGAACCCGGCUGAAAGUGAUUCGCUUCUUAAGAGUAAGCUUUGGGCGAUGUUUGCUAUCGGCGCCAUGUACUCGACUCGAUCUGCCACGUCGGAAAAGCACUUCCCCGGCAUGGGCUACUUUGCACGGGCAACUCGCAUCCUCCGCAUCGUCAGCGAACGACCGAGGAUCGAUGUUGUCGAGUUGAGAUUGUUGCUGUCUUUCUACUCUCUUGCGCUCAACCGGCGACAUACCGCCUACACUUUUGCCGGCUCCGCGACCAGGCUCGCUGUUGUCAUGGGCCUUCAUCUCAAUGUUCCUGAGACGCAGCUCAGAGAUGCAGCCGCUCGAGAGCAUAGGGUCAGAGUUUGGUGGACAGCAUACAUCUUCGACAGGAUGUGGGCAGCCAAGUUAAGCCACCCAGUAGCCGUCCAAGACAUCGAUAUCGAGGUGGACCUGCCAUCGAAUCCGGUUGUCGACGAUAAUAUAGCGGAUGACUUUGCCGAUGCAUCAUAUUUUGUUGCUAGCGUAAAGCUCGCUGGCCUACUGGGAAAGGUUUGCGCUAUCAGCACCACCCGUCCGAUUCUGCUCCAUGUGCUGCGAACGCAUGUCGCAUCUUGGGGAACACCAGAGACCCCAGAACCACGAGUUCCGGCCACCGCCAUGACUCUCGCAGAAACUUGCAUACGUUGCGCUCGUCACACCUGCCGACUGCUGACAGAAUGCUGGAUCGACGGGUCUUUUGCAACGUUUGACUACUUCUACACGCAGUAUCUCUUCUCAGCCGCCACCAUCCUCGCUGCAUCUAGCCUUCUGAGCGGCAAAGAGAGUCACAAUGACAGAGAACAAUUUGAAGAAGCAGCUCAGUUCUUGUCUCAGCUGAAAGAUAAUGGCAACUAUGCAGCUGAGGAGUUCUGCCAUCAUAUCGACGCUAUGAAGCUUACAAUGGCCGCAGCUCACGUGCGCCGUGGUGAUUUCGCCGGGGCGGGAGACUCGGCGGCUUUGCUGAACGACACAACAGCGGCUUUCACGGAUGCUGCAGUCAACCUCAACCAACCUUUCGCAGAGCAAAACACAACCGCUGGUAUGGCGCUUAACGAGCCGUCGUUACAGGAGCUCCUGGCCCAGCCACUCCUCGACUUGCAGUUUAUAGAUGCGUCGAUCUACAAUGAUGGGGCUCAGGGACUUUAUUGGCCAGAUUUCAGCCCGGAAUCAUGGACGCCUGAGACGUGGACUGCAACUUGA